AUGGCAACGACGUUUUGGGCAAAAUGUUUUUUCCUUUUAACCAUUGGAAACUCCAUUCUUCUUUUUGUAGCAAUAAAUUUGUAUGAUAUUGGAGGACUUAAGCUCAUAAGGAGGAUGAAAAACAGCUCACAACCACCGACAAAUGACCACUUUAUGAUGGAAGACAGAAUCAAUAUGAAUGCAAGGAAACCAGUAACUCUGGAAGCGGGUACAAGGAUAGUUGUGCUUGUUUAUACUGUGUUUUUCGGGCGACGAAAAUGGAUAGGUGGUCGUGAUCGUUGUGGAUUUGAAACCAAGUUUUCAUUUACCGCAAAGAAAUGUCUCUCGGGUGAUUUCGAACUGACCUACGACAAACAUCGAUUUCAGGAAAGCGACUUAGUCGUGUUCCACGCUAGAAAUAUGCCUGGUGUAGGUCAUCUGAGAAAGCUUCUGAAAAGGAGGCCCACUUCACAACGUUGGGUUUACGCUUCGUGGGAAAGUCCAGAUGCUACACCGAAUCCUGCUCCAUUCAACGGGCUAUUUAACUUAACGUGGACUUACCGAAGCGACUCAGAUUUCUUGUCGCCAUAUGGAAGUUACGAGGAAUUGAGCGACGAAGAAAGAAUAGAUAAAAUGAAAUAUAUACCGGACUACUCCCAAGAAAAAACUGAACUUGUGGCCUGGAUGGUUAGCCAUUGUAGCGCUCAACCUCGAAUGACUUUUGUCCAAGAGCUGAAUGAACACAUCAAAGUUGAUGUAUUUGGAAAAUGUUCUAAAAAUUUUGGAGAAAAGAAAAGAUGUCCAACUCCACCAACCGAUUGCCUGAAAAAGUUUAAGUUUUAUUUGUCCUUCGAGAACGCCUUAUGCGAGGACUACAUCACUGAAAAGUAUUGGGGAAGGCUUGGUAAGUAUUUUUUCUUUUUUUUUCUUUUUUCGCCUUUUUGAUUGCAUGACAACUAUAACAUGCCAUGCCACUGAUUGAUGAUCCCAGAGGAUUUCCUUUUUCCUUUCUCCUCAAAAGAGCGCGAGCUGCAAAGUGGCAAGAGAGACAUAUGACCAUCCUACAAAGAAGCUUAAUUAUCGAAGGAACACGGGGUUAAUUAAUUUGUCGGAAAUCGCGUCGUCCCCGGAUCGCCUAAGCGCAUUGGAAGCCUAUUCACUUUGUCGGGUUGGUGUCCGCAGUUGCUUAGCAACAAAACCGCGAUGGAAGGCGACUGUGGACCGCGGACUAAGUAGAAAACACGUACUACAGACUGAAUUUUAAAGAAAAAUAAGAAAAAAAAGAUUGCGCUCUAGCAUUCAAGCCUCCCACACAAACGAACAUUCUUUUGGGUCGUUACGAAAUCUCUUCUACCCAACGUACGUGGGGAAGAAACCUAGAGUUCAUGCCGCUACUCAAAACAGAUUAAAACAGUAAGAGAGUUCAAUUUAAAGUUUAAAACAAUUAUAAAAAAUGAAAUGAGAAAUUGAGAAAUUUACAGGCAACAAAACCCUGUCGGCUGACUGUUUGCAUGAAUACACUAGUAAAUGUAACAGGAAUUUAAUUUUAAAAAGUAGAAUUAUUACGAGCUGUUUGAGGGAUAACUGUUUUGAGAGCGAUCUCUUUCUUUUUUCAUGUCUUUCAGGUGAAGACAUAAAUGUAGUUCCAGUUGUGAUGGGAGGGGCUAAUUACGCCAAGCUGGUUAUUCCUGGGUCUUAUAUCAAUGUUAUGGACUUCAAAACUGUUAAACAACUGGCAGACUACCUUCAUUACCUGGAUAAAAAUAACACGGCUUAUAAUGAAUAUUUUAAAUGGAGAGUAAAAUACAAGGUGUUUCGUAACAACCUUGACUUAACACUGUGUCAAAUAUGUAAAUGGUAUGUUUCAAAAUCUCCGCUUGAACCCAAAGUUUAUGAUGACCUGGUAACACAUUGGGUAGGAAAGGGACGAUGUCAUGAGAAAAAUCAUCUUAUCACAAAUAUGUGGAAAAAAUAA